AUGGCAGUCCUCUCCACUAUAGAAGGUCUAUCCUCGAGCAUGGCCUCUUGUAUGUUCGUGAAGUUACCCAUUCCUGAAGGAGACCUCUCACAACAGACGAUCAUUGUGACCGGAUCAAACCAAGGGCUGGGAUUCGAGGCCAGUCGCCAUUUUCUGCGUCUCGGCGUGCAUCGACUGAUCAUGGCUGUCCGCAAUAUGAAGAAGGGAGAAGCUGCGAGAUUGGAGCUUUUGAGAUUGACCGGUCGGGAUCCGAGCACGAUUGAGGUCUGGGAGCUGGACAUGGACCGUUAUAGUUCAGUUAAGAACUUCGCCGCUCGAGCGAAAACACUCCCACGCCUCGAUGCUCUUCUUGCCAACGCUGGUCUCGCUACCGAGACCUUUGAGAUGGCAGAAGACAAUGAGAGGACAAUCACGGUCAAUGUUGUCAGCACGUUCUUGCUUGUUAUACUGCUUAUUCCGAAAUUGCGGGAUUCUGCACAAAGAUACUCGACAAAUACUCGGAUCAGCAUAGUCAACUCGGCCCUCCAUUAUAUCGCUCCGUUGAGUGAAAUUGAAGGCGAUAGCAAGGGCAUAUUCUCUCGCCUCAACGAUGUGAAAACCGCGCAAAUGAGUUUGCGGUAUCCUUUAUCGAAAUUGCUGGUGCUUUUUGGAGUGAGAGCGUUGGCCGACCGGCUGAGCAAGGAAGAGCCUUUGGUCAUUUUGAACGCACCAAAUCCCAGCUGGUGCAAGUCGCAAUUAAUGCGAGAGAAUGAAAGUUUCGGCGUACGAGUCGGGGAACGAUUCAUUGCCCGAAGCACUGAAAUGGGCAGCCGCGCUUUAGUUCAUGGGAUAUUAUCAGGUUGCGAAAGCUCCGGGCAGUAUAUUGACAAUUGUCAAAUCAAACGUCCAUCUUGUAUCGUUACUAACCAGAACGGCGCAAUGAUCGAGAGAGCAUUUUUCACCGAGCUUAUUGGAAAGAUAGAGAAAAUUUCACCAGGGGCAACGGGCGCCCUUGGCCUGGAUGAGUAG